CAGGGACAGACAACAAGCCUCCGCUGUGUGCGCACUGUGGAAAAGUCACUUGGUGGACGAAGCGGAGUACACAGCCAACACAGAGAUUUCAAACAUUAGCGUAUAAUACUUUUCUUGUGUUUCAUGGAAGUAUCCGGUAUUAUUCCGUCUCUGAGUCCGUUAUUUUAUGUAGGAGACAGCGGCGUGCUGUACCGUUAGUAGAAGUCGGUGAAAAAUCGACCACUGUCACUUUUGAUUCAUGGGCUCAACACGGACUUCAGCUAAAAACACUUCUGUCAAGAGUCUGACGAGAGAUUGACUUCAUUCAUUGAAUAUCCAGAUUUGGGGGACACGAAGUUAUCUUUGGACAGCAUGGGCUUCCUGAAGAUAGUGCUGUUUAUCUUCAAGGUUGUUUUACUGACCGACUGCGCAAGAGGUCCUCCGAGGGUGUCUGAGAAUGUCUCUCACAGACAGAUGGCUCGGCUCGGGAGCGACAUCAAGCUGCCCUGCCCGGUGGAAGGAGACCCUCCGCCCCUCAUAAUGUGGACCAAAGAUGGGCGCAACAUCCACAGCGGCUGGAUCCGUUUCCGUAUCCUCCGCAUGGGCCUGAAGAUCAAGGAGGUGGAGGCGGACGACACGGGGACCUACAUCUGCAAAGCCACCAACGGCUUCGGGAGCGUUAACAUCAACUACACCCUUAUCGUCAUCGAUGACUCGGGUUCUGAUAAAAGUGGACCUGGUGCAGCUGAUGGAGCCGAGUCUAACCUGGGUACUGAUGGCUUGGCAGAAAAGCUUGUGCGUCCCCGCUUCUCUCAGCCUGCUAAAAUGAGAAAACGCGUGAUAGCUCGACCCGUCGGCAGCUCGGUGCGGCUCAAAUGCACGGCCAAUGGAAACCCUCGACCGGACAUCGUGUGGCUGAAGGACGACAGGCCGCUGACGGAGCAGGAGGUCGGAGAAGGCCGCCAGAAGAAGUGGACUCUAAGUCUGAAAAACUUGACACCGGAGCACAGCGGCAAAUACACCUGCAGGGUCUCCAAUCGGGCCGGAGAAAUCAACGCCACGUAUAAAGUCGAGGUCAUACAGAGGACCAACUCCAAGCCUAUUUUGACCGGCACUCACCCGGUCAACACGACGGUAGACUACGGAGGCACCACGUCGUUCCAGUGCAAAGUGAGGAGCGACGUGAAGCCGGUUAUUCAGUGGCUCAAACGCGUGGAAUCGCACGAGGAGAGUCGCUACAACUCCACCAUCGAGGUGGGGGACCACCGGUUCGUGGUGCUGCCCAUGGGGGAGGUGUGGUCGCGACCCGACGGCUCCUACCUCAACAAGCUGCUCAUUACUCGUGCCAAGGAGGAGGACGCUGGCAUGUACAUCUGCUUAGGCGCCAACACCAUGGGCUACAGCUUCCGCAGCGCCUUCCUCACUGUGCUGCCAGACACGAAGCCUCCCAUCAUGCCUAUGUUCUCGCCGACCUCCAGCUCCCUCCCCUGGCCCGUCAUCAUCGGCAUCCCUGCUGGAAUAGUGUUCAUCUUUGGCACCGUGCUGCUGUGGUUCUGCCAGAGCAGAAAGCACUGCCCCCCUCCCUCGGCUGCAGCUGCUCCUGCACAGGUCCUGCAGCAGGGCUCCCACCGGCUGCCGUACCGAGAGAGGGAGCGGGGGUGCGUGGCUGCCUCCUCCAGCUCCUCCAGCCCAGAGAAAGACUGCAUGAGCUCCAUGAACUAUGAGGAGUACCUGGCGCAGCAGCAGCUCCUCCUCGCACAGGGAGGAACGACAAUCCCCCCUAAAAUCUACCCCAAAAUCUACACUGACAUUCACACACACACCCACUCCCACGUGGACGGGAAAGUACAUCAGCAUCAACACAUUCAUUUUCAGUGUUAGCCUCGGUGCCAAAGAGGGACAAUGAGCUCUGGGACUGAACAGCGGCUCCCUAACACUUGGCAUUACUCUUUAAAGACUCUUCACGUAGCUGGAGAGUGUGCAUGUGCGCGAAAAAACAGUGGCCAGUGACACAUACUUUGUGUUUUUACAUCCAAACUUCCAUAUUUGGUGCUUAUUUGUGACCUGUCAGAUUCUCACACCACUAAAAAUCCAUGAACCCUUGUUGUGCACUUAAUACAAAAAGGACAAGGACGUUUUUUGCGUGUGAGUUUAACCGCAGCUAUUCACACCAGCUGAAAAGUGUUCUUACUUGAGGUGUAGCUGAAAAUGGAGGUGAGGUUUUACUUUUCACUGAUUCAGCUGUUGGAGCGCAGUAGGUUCUGCCUGGUAAAGAAGAUGAUAAUGGUACUCAAGAUUUACAAAAGGGCUGGUUUUGUGCCCUACUCAGGUAGUCCUUUUGUUUUUUAAAGAUGCAUAAUGUUUCUUAAGCUGACCACUAUCCUUUUUAUUACCUUUCUUCAUCCCUUAUGUUAUCCUCUGGUAAGUGAUAGUCGACUGGUGAGUUUUUAAUGGCACGCAAACCUUAGCUCGGACUUGAAGGGAUGGAAUAAUUGUGAUUCCAUGUUAACUAAAUCGGUCUUCGUUAUCAUUUCAUCUUUUUAUUCUGUUAAUGGCAUCUAGCAUGUUGACACAAACCACCUUCUCCACCCAGUGUAUGAAGCUUUAGUCAUUUUAUAAUCAAUUUGAGUCAUGAAUAUUUAAUUUAUUUUGCUAAAAAAAAAUGUAUCAAAGUUUAUUUUUCAGAAUAAGGCGUUUUACAUAUGUAAUGUUAUUAAAGUAUACUGUUGUGUAUAGUACAUUUGAGUCUCCCUGUUUAAUCUCAUUUAUUCAUGCCAAUAUUUAAAUGUUUCUGUAUGUUAUUGGUUGUAUUUGACAAUCUUAUGUAUUAUGUUCAAAAACGAAAUCGUAUAAAAAAGUUUGAUGGUUUAAUUAA